AUGCUUACAAUUCUCCUGAUUUCAUUUGCUUCGAUUUCUCAAGUGAAAGCGAUUCUCAACUGCACUGGAGCGUCACCUGGACCUUGUAACAAUGGUUUGUGUACAAUUGUUCAAGCAAGUGGCCUCGUUUGUACAUCGGGUGGUUGUUGUGAUAACACUGAAGUGAUUUCAAUUGAGACUGGUGCAACGACGUUCAAUUGUGCAAAUGAUGAGUCGAGUGGACCUCUGAUUCCUGGUGUCCCGUGUCCAUCGGAUUCAGUGAAAGCUUUCGAUUCAACGGGAGAACUUCUUUGCUGUCCACUAGCCAAUCUCAUUCCGAUCACUCCAACCACCGUCAAGACGUACACAGCUAAAUCUGAUUUCUGGCUAAGUCCAUUAUAUGUAGAAGAUGAUGGAUAUGCUGUAGAUAACGGAGAGUUGUACAUUGGAGUUCGUCUCUCGGUGAUGCUGAUGGGCUAUUUCGGACAUUUCUUCCCGUUCGCUGCUUUGUUUUUGGAUUUAUGGAUUUUCGUGAAACUUAUCUAUAUGAGAGUGAAUCGGAAAGGAACCGGUGCCGGCUUAUUCGCUGAAAUCAAUCUGUUCAUCAUUUGUGUGACAACGUUUUUGGUGCAAUUCUCGAUGAUGAUUUAUUUGGAUAACUCUUUUAAACUAUUCAAUAGUCCAGAAAUGGCUUUAUUGUCUCUAACGAUCGCUGUCGAUUUGUUCACAUUGAGUGAAGCUUAUAUUGGAUUGGCGUUUAAUCGACGAUUAAGAAGGAAACUUUUGAGAAUGCUUUUCGCUCAAUCAACCAUCGCCUACGAGAUGCAAAGCGCUUUCCAGAGUCGUAAAAAGGAUCAAACACAUUUAUCGCAUGUCAAUGUGAAGAUG